GGAAUACGGAAGGUAUGCUGCGGCCAUGGCACUGGAUAAAAGUGGGGUCCGGGGAGAAGUUCCGACACAUCAUCGUUAUCAAUCAGUUUUAACUAUCAAAAAUAUGGGCAUGACCCGAAUAACACGCCAUCCCAAGUAUUACUUGCAUGACGGUAGCGUGUCGAUUCAUGUCGCAGGCACCGUCUUUCGCGUACACAAGUACUUUUUCGAAAGAGAAUCCGAAUAUUUCCGGGAGGGAUUCAGAGCAGCUGGGCCACAGGAAGAUGGUCAGUCCGAUCAGGCAGCGUUUCGACUCGAUGAUGUCAAGAUCAGUGAGUUCGAGCGACUGUUGUGGGUAUUCUACAACCCGCAAUAUAUGUACGAUGAGCAACCCAUAGACCACUGGAUCACCAUCCUUGACCUGGCUACACGAUGGGAAUUUCCAAGUGUGCGAGACCUGGCAGUCCGGCAGCUGCAAAAGCUCGACAUGAAACCUGUCGAGCGAAUUAUCACCUAUGAUAAGUACAACCUCGACAAAUCGCUCCUCUUGCCCGCCUACAUUCUUCUGUGUAAACAACCGAGUCGCUCUAUUGACGAUGGCAAGCGCCUCGGCAUGCCCACCGUCCUCAAGAUAAACGAGGCUCGUGAGUAUGCACAGAGGUCUGCAGCCGAGCAAGGCUGCCCUAGUCCUACAAGCGCUGAUGCUGAAGAUCGAGAGCUUGUCGAGAUUUUGAAGGACGUAUUCGAUCUGAGCUAAUCACAGGCUGUGCAGAUGUAGGAUUAGGGGGUUCACCGCCGAUGAUAAGCAGUACUCUUGCACAACGUGUAGGUUAAUAGCGCUCAGUGAUCUACGUUACGCCAAGGUCCGGCA